AUGUCACACUCGCACACAGAAAUCCGGAUUGUGUUAGCUGGCGAUGUGGGUGUGGGAAAAUCGUCGUUGAUCAUGUCGCUCGUGAAGGAGGGCUUCGUCGAGCAUGUGCAGAAUGUGGUGCCGGAAAUUACACUACCGUCGGAAGCAUCACCGGCCGGUGUUACAACUAAAAUUCUUGACUCUGGUUCAGGUGCUGCAUUUCAGGAGCGGCUCGAAACGGAGCUUCGUCGUGCGCACGUAGUUGUGCUGGUGUACAGCGUUGUCGACCAAGAAUCAUUCGAGCGGAUCUCGUCGUACUGGCUACCAAUGAUGCGCUCCCUAGGCAUAAAUGUGCCUGUCAUUCUUGUUGGCAACAAGGUCGAUCAGCGACCAGCCGACAUCGAGGAGGAUGCGCUGGAGGAUGAAAUCGCACCGGUCAUGGCCGAGUUCAAAGAAGUCGAGACUUGCAUCGAAUGCAGCGCAAGUUUGACCCUGAAUGUCGGCGAGAUUUUCUUCUACGCACAAAAGGCCGUUCUGUACCCAACAGCGCCGCUGUAUGAUUCACGUUCGCAUACUCUUAAGCCUGCUUGUGUAGACGCAUUACGGAACAUCUUCCACUUGUGCGAUUCUGACAAGGAUGGCAUCUUGAGCGACGAAGAGAUCAACAACUUUCAGUUUGAGUGCUUUGAUGCGCCAUUGCAGCUGCAGGAGCUUGUGGGGAUCAAGCAACUGGUCAUGCAAGGCACGCAUUCCGACGCAUCGAUGCAUUUGCGCGACGAUGGACUGACGCUCGCUGGGUUCCUGUAUCUUCACACGUUGUUUAUCCAGCGCGGACGCCUUGAGACUACAUGGACAGUUCUCUGGACAUUUGGGUAUGGCAUGGAUCUUGCGCUCACCAACACAUAUGUAUAUCCACGCUUCGACGUGCCGCAUGGCAUGGGCGUCGAGCUCUCGCCGUUGGGCUACCAAUUCUUCACCGAAUUGUUCAAAGCCCAUGACAAAGAUCAUGACGGUGCGCUGAGUGCCAGCGAGCUUGAGCAGCUGUUUCAAACGGCGCCUGGUGGCCAGCAUCCUUGGGGCGCGCUCAACUUUCCCUCAGGCACAGUAACAGACGAAUCCGGUGCCGUCACGCUGCAGGGAUGGCUGGCUCAGUGGAGCAUGACCACUCUUCUUGAACCGCGCACGACACUGGCAUACCUUGCCUACCUCGGAUAUCCAUACUUUGCACACGGGAUGCGUGCAUCUGGCUCGCCACCCUCGUCUGGCACGUCAUCACCGUGUUAUGUGAGUGCAGCGCCAGCAUCGUAUGCGUGGCUUGAUGGCACAGCUGUGGGAAAUCGAUCUGGAUGCCACGCUCGCUCAGCCCUAACGACAUCCGCUCUCAAGCUCGUACGGCCGCGGCGACUGGGCGAGCGCCGACGCUCUCAUGCUGAACAGUGCAGCGUGUUUCUUGCCCUUGUGCUUGGUGCACAUGGAAGUGGGAAGUCCGCACUGCUUCGACAACUUGUCGGCAAACCGUUCCGUGGAAAGUAUGCUCCUACGCACCGCCUCCAACGCGCCGUCGCUGCUGUGGAGCAAGAUGGAGCUGAACGCUACCUCGUAUUGCAAGAAUAUGGCUCACACAACGAGGCAGAGGCAUUGCGAAAUCCGGCCAAGCUGGAGCGUGUGAGUGUGAUUGUAUUUGUGUACGACUCUAGCGAUACACACUCGUUCUCAUACGUGUCGAAUUUGAGGCAGCAAUACCCACACCUUGCCUCAUUCCCCACACUCUUUGUCGCAACGAAAUCGGACUUGGAUCUCGCUCGUCAGCGACAUGAAGUCCAGCCGGACAUGUAUUGUCGGAAACUUGGCCUCAACAUCCCGCAUCUUGGUGCAGGGCCGUUGAAUGUGAGUGCGCAGCUAGGCGAAAUGGCUGAGCUGUACAAUAUCAUCCUGAGCAUUGCGAUGGACGCACGUGGCGCUGUCCCUGCACACGGCCGCUCACUCGGCACAGUUCGUCUGCGCUGGCGAACGGUGGCGUUGUGGCUUGUUGCUGUAUCUGGUUCGACAGCAGUACUAUGGACUGUCUGGCGACUUGUCUUUUCUUCCCAAACGACGGCGGCCGUAGGGCUCGGGAGUAGUGGUGGCACUGUUAACGGCAGUGGCAGUAGCAGUAGCCAUGCAGCUCGUUCCUGGUCUUUAUGGUGGAGCUCAUGGUGGAAGACGGCUCCGGGCGUGAGCAGCGGCAACGAUGUUGGCUUCCGUUCCACGCCUUCUGCAACGCCUUCAUCUGCUUCGGUGACAUCCAUCCUUAAAAGUGAACUCUAA